AUGAAGGUCAUUCAGUCGCUUUCCGUUAUCAUAUCCGUCGUCGUCGCCUGCACCAAUGCUUGCAUUGUUCUGGACGGAAUUUACUCAUCUGAUACUGGGGCAGUCAAAGGAACUCUUGUUGAGAAUGACGUACAGACCUGCACUUUGGCCGGAACCCUGGAUAGAGACGCUUACCUCUUCACCUGCAUCAAUGGCUACUCUGCAUCUUUUAUUCGGAAGGACUUGACUGCCGUCACCUACAGAGACAACAAUGGACGCACAUACCAAUUCCAAGUUCAAAAGUACCAGCCCGACAAAUCUGACCCUCAAUAUCGACUUUCUGCCAGAAUGUUUUGCUAA